AUGAAUGUCACAGAAAAAGCAGGAAUUUGUAAAGAUGAGUCGACGAUUUUCAUGUCGCUGGAGGUCCUGGGCGAUUUAAUAACGGAGAACACUUAUCAUACGCUGAAGGAUGUUUUCAACGGGUAUAUCUCAUUACUUAUUUGUAUAGUGGGCAUUCCCGCCAACUUGGUCACGUGCCUGGUGUUCUGGCGUCAGGGUCUGCGAGACCGCAUGAACCUCUGUCUCUUCUGUCUGGCUGCUGUGGACCUGCUGUACAUGACCAGUGUGGUGCCUGUGUCCUGCAUCAGCGCCUUUCUUCAUAUCAGUCACAGCAGUUAUGCAGAUGAAUACUUUGUGAAGACUGUCAUGGGUGGCGUUGGUGUGUUAUUAGUCGUUCGCGUUGAAACAGGAGGAGCUGUGCAAUGGCGGUAUGAGCCCACGCAACUGUAUCUCGACAACAAAGAAUUUUUCGAAGCUGUAGAGAUGUCAGUCCUGACAGUGUCACUGCCAAUGACCACGUUCCUUGUGGUGUCUGUCUCGUCUGUCAUCACUGUCAUCAAGCUGACAGCAGCACUCAAGUGGCGAGAGAAGACGAGUUCGACAAGCGGCGAGAAAGCGGGUCACCAGACGGCGCUGACCAAGAUGCUUCUGCUCGUGUCCUUCAUCUACAUCUGUACCAUGAUUCCCAGCGUGUCCCUGAACAUCACCAGGCUUCUUGUUCUGGAAUUUUCCCCACAUGGUCGUUACUACUACCUGUUUAUUGCCACCCAGAUCAUCGCUAACAUCUUUCCUGUAGCUCACAGUGCCUCCAACUUCUUUGUGUAUUACAAGCGGUCGUCUCGGUUCAGGGCUGGAUGCCUUGGCGUGAUGUAG